ACACCGACACAAAAAUUGAACAUCUCGUUGAAUUGGCGUAUUUUGAAAGUCAAGAAAUAAUUUUAGUUGGGGAUGUAAACCUUGAUUAUCUCAAUCAAUCAGCCUACUCUAAACGCCGGCUUGCCAAAACAUUGAAGAGCCUGAAUAUGUCUCAACAUGUGAUUGUAGUAACAAGACCAAAGAGUAAGACAUGUCUAGAUCAUGUAUACUCAACUCAUGGUCAUUUUAUUGCUGAUAUUAUUGUACCGAACAUUGGUUUGGCCGACCAUCUUCCUGUUUUUGUUUGUCGAAAAUAUUUCGAUCAAA